UCGUCUUUGGAGCUGUUUUUCUGUCAUAUCUUUUUAUCUAGCUAACACAUCUUGUUUCUGCUACUCAUUUUCACCAUUUUACAAGUCUCAAACCAUUUUACAAGUCUCAAACCAUUUUACAAGUCUCAUCAGGUCUCGCUGCUUGGCUAUCUACUGUACCUCAGUACAGGUCUCCAGCAGUGGCUGUUGUUCAGCUCUCACUCAGCUAUCAGCCUUGUCGUUGUACCGUAGUCUCACUCAAAUAUCAGCCUGGUCUCAUAUGUACAGAUGCAGCUACAGUUGCAGCUUCUUGCUCUGUUACUUGCAUCAAAUCUUAUCUGGAUAUCAGCUGCAAGAAUGUACUUAAGUGUGUCUAUCUCCUCUGAAGUGACUUCAGUUCCUUGGAGUAUAAUCAAGGAAGACAAUGAAACCCUGACAUUUUCAUCUCUUUUUUCAAAAAUUCAAACAGGUUCUUUUUCAACCAUUCCAAGUUCAAAGGAUUUAGAAGAUGCCCAUUUAGAAACUGUUUAUGUUGGGCAAUCGAAGGAGAGUUUUAGCACUGUAGAAGCUUCUCACACUGUCAGCAGUGUGUGUAGUAUAUUUGGUUCAUUUGUCAAGUUUGUUGUGACUGUUGACUUAUUGGAGUGUAGCCUGCAAUCAAAGCGAUUGAGAUCACAAGUGAACCAAGCAAUACCGAGUUUGUGAUGAAAGACAAGAGAAGGAAAGACUGAUAUGAACUUUGAAUAUAUUGUGCUGCUUUAUGUGAUAGUAAUGAUCCCACAGUGUGAAGAUUGCGAGUUUCCUAGUAAAAAUUGAAUUUUUAAAAA